CUCUGUAGUAGAGAUAUUUGUAUUUGGCUACUGGGUAGCCUGUCUAUUUUCUCUUUCUAUAAUGUAACAAUACUUUUGAAAAGCGAUGUUGACAUAUUUCAUUGUGCUGGUAGUGGCGUGUUUAACUGCACUCAUGGUUCCAUAUGAUUGGGCAGCUGUAUGGAAUGCUGUGUCGGUGCUUCGCUCACUUGGAGCAUCAAAUGCACCUAUCCGGAUGAUAACGAAAAGUGAGCUUUCUAAAUACAACGGAGAAGUCAGUAGUCCAGGGUUAUACGUGGCAAUUUUGGGACAGGUAUUUGAUGUGAAUAAAGGACGCAAACAUUACGGUCCAGGUGGAGGUUACCAUUUCUUUUCAGGUAAAGACGCAUCCAGUGCAUUUGUGACUGGGGAUUUCUCCGUAGCCGGACUGACUGAUGAUGUGUCUGACCUUUCCCCGUCUCAAAUUGUGGCUCUGUAUGACUGGCUGGCGUUUUAUCAAAAGGAUUACACCCCAGUUGGAAGGGCGGAGGGCCAUUUCUACGGCCCUGAUGGGGAGCCCACGGAGGCCCUUCGGCGGGUGGAGGUGUCCUUAGCGCAGGGCCUGCAGCUCAAGGCCCAGGCCCAGGCCCACAGUCAGCUGUACCCGCCCUGCAACACAGAGUGGAGCUCCGCAGGGGGCCGCGUCUGGUGCUCCACACAGAGUGGCGGUGUGAAAAGAGAGUGGGUCGGCGUUCCGAGGAAGCUCUUCUCUCCUGGUUCCAGCCGCUCUCGCUGUGUGUGCAUGCAGCCGGAAGAACUCAGCCGCGCGGACAACCCCAACCUGCAGGAGUACAGCGGCUGUCCAGUUGAGGCAGAGUCCUGCUAUGUCAGGGAACACUGAACUAGCACAGACAUUUCAAUCAAUUAAGAGUCCCUCCCUCUUAAUCCCAUUCCCUCUUCAUCCCAACCUGAAAUUCUUGAAGACUGAAAGUUUUUUAUCACUGGUUGAAAAUAAAUGUUAAAGUAUGUCA